CUCUCUCUAAUCUCUCCUUCUCUCAGCCUUUACAUGCCUUGAUUUCAGUUACCUUUUUACAGAUACUAAAAAUUUCCCAAUUUUUGUUCAAUCUCAUAAAUACCCAUAAGCUCAAAUCAACUGGUCUUUCACCACUUGAGAUAAGGUUUCCUUCCAUAAGAGAUAGAAACCCUCAAUCUGCAACUGCAUGUGAGUUUUGCAGCUGUGGUUCAUACAUAUAUAUAAAUAUAUAUAUAUAUAUAUAUAUACACACAAAUACAUAUAUAUGGCAGCAUCAUCUUCAUCAGCUACACCUUACUUUGGAAUGAGAAGAGAAGAACAAGAACAAGAACAAGAAAUGAAACAACAGUUACACCAUUCAUCAUCAACCGCCGCUCCAAUCUCCUCCACCCCGGUUUCCACUCAGAAGAAGAGAAGGAAUCAGCCUGGAACACCAUAUCCAGAUGCGGAAGUGAUAGCUUUAUCCCCGAGGACUCUUAUGGCCACGAAUAGAUUCAUAUGCGAGGUUUGUAACAAAGGGUUUCAGAGGGAACAAAAUCUGCAACUUCAUAGAAGGGGACAUAAUCUACCAUGGAAGCUAAAGCAAAAGAACCCUAAAGAGGUUAGGAGGAAGGUUUACCUUUGCCCAGAACCGUCGUGUGUUCAUCAUGAAUCUUCUCGAGCCCUAGGAGAUUUAACUGGAAUUAAGAAACACUACUUUAGAAAACACGGGGAGAAGAAGUACAAGUGCGAGAAGUGUUCGAAGAAGUACGCUGUUCAAUCCGAUUGGAAAGCACAUACGAAAACUUGUGGUACGAGAGAAUAUAGAUGUGAUUGCGGUACUCUCUUCUCAAGGAGAGAUAGUUUCAUUACACACCGGGCUUUUUGCGAUGCUCUAGCUCAAGAGACUGCGAGGCAUCCGUCCACCUUAGCCUCGAUCGGUAGCCAUUUGUAUUCGGGGAGCAUCAACAACAACAACAUGAUGAGCUUAGGGUUGUCGUCCGUUGGGUCACAACACCAAUUGAUUUCCUCAAUCCAAGACCAUCGUCAGCCAUUGUCGCCAGCACCACCCUCGGAUAUACUUCGUUUGGGUGGUAACCGGUCCGGUCCAUUCGAUAACCUUGUUGGUGGGGGAGGUUCAUCUUUCCGAACCCAAACUCAAUCCAUGGCUCCACCAUCUGGUUUCUUCAUGCAAGACUCCGAGGUUAGCCAUGAUCAUCAAUAUCAUCAUAAUCAUCACGACAGCCAAUCCCAACACCAACACCAACAUGGACGAAUGAUGCAUGGAUUGAUGAACAAUGAAACGGGUGGAAAUAACGUCAUGAACCUUAGAUUUCUCUCGAACAAUAUGAUUAAUCAGAACGAAGGAGCGAGUUUGUUCUCGAAUAACCUAAUGGGUAACGCACCAAUAUCUUCAAGCGCUCCCAACAUCUAUAGUGGCUCUAUUCAAAACAACAACAAUAUCUCAACCUCGCACAUGUCAGCCACCGCACUUCUUCAAAAGGCGGCUCAAAUGGGUUCAACAACAAGCAAUGCAAGUGCCACAUUACUCAGAGGAUUCGGAAGCUCCUCCUCCUCUUCCUCCGCCGGGGGACCAAAGCCUGACAGACCUCCGACAAUCUCAACAAACAUUAGCACCAUGUUUGAAAACAACAAUAGCAACAACAACAACGAGGAUAAUAAUCUGAAUGACUUGAUGAACUCGACUAUCUUCGGAUCGAUGAACGCUUUCGGGGGACAGGAGGAAGGGUAUUUGAAUAUGAAUCAGCCGAAAAUGCAUCAAAAUCUUUCUUUGAGGGAAUCUGAAAGCAUGACAAGAGACUUUCUUGGAGUAGGGCAAAUGGGGAGAUCAGGGUUUUCAUCAUCAAUGAGAGAAAAUAAUGGGAUUGAAAUGGUAGGCUCUUUAGGAUCUUCUGAUCAAGGAAAAGCUGCAGGAGUUCAACAGAAAAGCCAAGCUUUUGGAGGUGGGAAUUUUCAGUGAAAAGGAAAGAAAAUAAUAAGGGAGAAAAAAGAGGUCACAUACACAAACCAAAAAAAAAAAAAAAUAGGUAUAUUUUGAGAUGGGGAAUUUACGACUUUGCCCAGUCAUAUGUUCUUGACCAUGGAUGGAAUUAUCCUCUUCUCUUCUUUCUCUCUCUCUCUCUCUCUCUCUUUCUCAAGGUGUCAGACUUAAUUGUUUUCAAAUCUUUGUCCUCAGUUGGAGUUCAUGACAAUGCCAAUUUUAUUUCUCUCUCUUUUUUUUUUUUUUUUUUUUUAUUUAUUUAUGUAACUUUUUAAGAACUAUAUAUUGGAGAUAUUUUCUCAAUAUUUUUUUAUUUUGUUUAAACGUUAAAAUAUUUACAACUAUAUGUAAAGCUAGUUAAUUAAUCCAAAGUUGAUGUGAAUAGUUAAGU